CAUGUCGUAGUGUGACAGGUUGCAAUGUUUUUGUUUAUUUAUUUGGCAUGGCGUGUUGCGUUGCUGUCGGUUGCUCAAAUCGUGCAAACAGAAAGGACAUUUCGUUUUAUCGCUUUCCACGGGAUCCCGAGAAGCGGAACAAAUGGAUUUUAGCCGUCAGUCGUAAAAAUUGGGCUCCUUCUGACCACUCGAGGAUCUGCAGUCAACAUUUUGUAUCAGGUAAUUAAGAACCAAGGAGCUGAAACUGAACGCUUGUCGACCGAACGGCGGAAUCAAUGGCUGGCCAGGAUCAACCGAGAAGGCUUCAAUCCCGAUCCCCAAAAGCGUCAUUAUAAAGUCUGUAGCGACCAUUUCAUCACAGGCAAAAAAGUCGACAAUCCAUCGUCCCCAGACUAUGUGCCAUCUGUUUUUAAAAGAAGAAUGUCCUCAGAGAAGAGCAGAAAGAUGAACAAAAAGGAAAAAGAAUGGACUGACAUAAAAGAGAGGACAUGUGAGCACGAUGGAAACUCCGCGUCCACCACAGUCCAGAUGCUGCUGUCCGAGAACCAACAGCUGAAAGACAUGAUAGCAGCGGUGGAUCUUUCCGAAGACUCAUUCAGAGACAACAAUGAGAAAACUAAAGUGUACACAGGCUUAACUACUUUCACUUUAUUAAUGGCGGUGUUUGACUUGAUUCGUCCCACUCUAGAAGAAAAGUCAAAUGAAGCUUUGACACCUUUUCAGCAGCUUCUACUGACACUUAUGAAGCUGAGACUCAGUGUUCCUCUGCACUACCUGUCGUGCGUUUUCAGAGUUCAGUACACCACAGUCCAAAGAACGUUUUCUGAUGUAAUUAAUAUUUUAAAUGCUAAGUAUGUAUCUUUAACUUUAUUUUGGCCAGAAAGGGGGCAGAUUAGAAGCACAAUGCCGUAUGUGUUUAAAGCUACAUUUCCAAAAUGUGUUUCAAUAAUUGAUUGCUUUGAAGUGUUCAUCGAUAGAUCUUCAAAUAUUGAUGCAGGAACUCUUCAUCAGUCACAUUACAAUACGAUAAACUAUUUAAUUUCUGUGACGCCUCAAGGCUUCGUGAACUUCGUGUCUCAGGGAUGGGCCGGUUAUACAAGCGAUAGACUUCUGACAGAGCAUUGUGGAUACCUGAGGAACCUUGAGCCUGGAGAUACCGUGCUCGCACAUCGAGACUUAUCCAUAGAGGAUGUUGUUGCGAUACAUGGUGCGGAAUUACAAAUCCCAGAUUUUACAGAAACCAAAGGACUCUCGUACAGAGAAAUUCUGGAGACGAGACACAAAGCUUCUGUGAGAAAACACAUUGAAAGAAUGAUUGGUAACGUGAGACAAAACUACCCAAUUUUACAGAGUACUGUGCCUAUUGAUUUUUUGCAAACUGAUCAGUCAGGAUUAACGACGCUUGAUAAAAUCGUUCGAGUAGCCUGCGGGCUUUGUAAUAUAUGUGAGUCAGUUGUGCCUUUUUAAUUAAUAAAAUGCAACCUUCAGAGUGACACCUACAGCACCCCAUCUGAGAGCAUCCUGCAACCAUACCUACACUUUGUAAAUGUGUUAAAGUUACACAGUAAACUGUUACGUAUUUUAUUAUUUAAAAUAAGUUAGUGUAACAUUUGGCAAAAUUUUCAGAUGUCUGGCAACGAUCAUAAAUGUGCGUCAGAAAAUAUGUUCCAAUUCUUCACUCAAAGUGCAUAUUAUGUACAUAAAACCUGCUCACUAACGGAUUUUUUGACAAUUUUUUAAACAGAAUUUGAGAGAAAUAAAUCUUUGGUGUACGUAGAAGAAAUUUUAGAUGAUUUGCUUCAUUGCAUGAAAAAUUGGUACAAAAAUAAGUUGCAUUCGUGUAUUAUUUGAUCAUUUUAGAAGAUGUUUAAUGUUCUGACCUUUUAAAAUAAAGAUGGCUAAAAUUG